AUGGGAGGAGUGAAUCAUAUUCUUGGUUGGUAUUACGGAAAGCUCAGUUGGAACCGCAUGUGGUGCCACUCAAUCAAUUUGACAACAAAAUUCGCUGCUGGGCCUCGCAGGAAUCUUUUGCAAGCUUCAGGAAAAACAGGAUUCAAGAUCCGUGAGUUCAGAAAUGGCAAAGAAAUCAGCAGAAGUGAGGUUACGACCCUCAGUAAAGCACUUCCAUCAAUUGAGAUUGAUAAGGAUAUUAGUAUGUAA